AGCAACCCAGAAGUCUCGAGGCUCUCAUCGCUAAAGCCCUGCAGGACUGUGCGCGUGUGAGUGUCGGUUAGAGAACUGAAGAAAACGGGUGGGUUUAUAAAGUAAAGCUCUGCUCCGCGAAAAUGAGCCGGAAGCGUGUUAUUCGUUUCCGAAGGACUUUACAAGAACCGGGAAGUCAGUAGUAUGAAAUAUCGCGUAUCAGUCAGACAGAUCGGCUGAAGAGUUGCUGAACAAAGAGCGGAGAGGAGGAGGAGGAGGUGUAAUGGCGACCCGCUCACACAGACGAGUCGAUUCGAACAUGACUCCGGAGCAGCACGACGACGACUCCGACACCGAGGACACACACCUCGGACUGAAGAAAUCAGACGGACGAGAGCCGCAGAUCAUCCACAGCGGUCAUUUUAUGGUUUCAACCCCUCACAUCGAGCAUCCGCCGAAGAAAGGCUACGACUUCGACACGGUUAAUAAACAAACUUGUCAGACUUAUCACUUCGGGAAGUCGAGCGCGUCGCAUCUCUCCAUAGACGCGUCUCUCACCAAACUGUUCGAGUGCAUGACCCUCGCGUACAGUGGUAGAUUGGUAUCCCCAAAAUGGAAAAACUUCAAGGGCCUGAAACUUCUCUGGAGGGACAAGAUUCGCCUGAACAAUGCCAUCUGGAGAGCUUGGUACAUUCAGUAUGUGGAGAAACGAGAGAAUCCAGUCUGCCAUUUUGUUACACCUUUGGAUGGGACAAUGGAUUCAGGAGUCCAUCGACCUGCAGAGGCAAUAGCUACAGAAGGAAAAUACUGGAAGAGACGAAUCGAAAUCGUUCUCCGAGAGUACCAUAAAUGGAGGACAUACUUCAAAAAAAGGUUACAGAAGCACAAAGACGAUGAUCUUUCCAGCCUUCUCAAGGGGGCAGAGGAGCAGUUCUUGCUUUUUGGCGAAGUGCAUCCCGACAUCCUUCGUAUGCCCUCCUGUCAGGAAGAUGAGGCAGAAGGGUUUUUCCGCCGCAGCUCGCGCAGAAGCCAGGAUUCUCCUGCGCCCAUGGAGAUGGACCCCAUCUUUGACAUGGAUGUACUCAUGUCCGAGUUCUCUGACACGCUCUUCUCUACGCUUUCUUCUCACCAGCCUAUUGCUUGGCCUAAUCCUAGAGAGAUCGCACAUGCAGGUAAUGCAGACAUGAUCCAGCCUGGACUCAUCCCACUGCAGCCCAACUUGGACUUCAUGGACACUUUCGAGCCUCUUCAAGAUCUGUUUCACUCCUUGCGUCAGCCCUCCUACCCCACUACCUCACCCACUGCCCCAACCACCACUCCCUUAUCCAGCAGCAGUAGCAGCACUCAAACACAGACUUCGUUGUUGUCUCCGAUUAACUUGCCCACAGAACUGUCCAUCUCUCUGACCCCAAGUCAUCCUUCAUUACCCAGUCGGGACAACAUAAGCUCUGUAGGCCGUGCCUUCCAACAGGACUACAUGCCUCUUUUUACAGAACAAAUAGUGCCCUCAUCUGCUGCAGCCUCCAUCAUGCCACCACCGGCCCCACUGCCUCCUCCACCCUCCCACUCACUGCAGUGCCAGACCACACCCAGGAGCCUCUCUCCAUCCAUGGGCAAACACACUGGCUCAUCCUCAGUGACAUCCAGGUCAACCUUCACCCUUUCACCCAGACCUCCUCGCCAAGACCAGGCUAUCCCGUGUAUCUCUUUGCCCCCACAGCCACAGAGCUUUGCCCUGCCAAGACCCAUCCAGCCCGUUGGCUCUGCUAAAAAGAGCCGCCACGUGCCCAUAGUCCCUGCUGCUCCAGUUCAAUCACCUCGCCUCAUACUGACAGGAACUGCUGGUGCUGUUCUUGUCACUCAGUCGCCUCUUAAAACCGAUGUGCCCUCUACUGCUGGUGUGGUCAUCACCUCCGCCAGUAUUCCACACGUAACCGGAUCUGGCUUCCACAUUCUCCCAAGUCAGAACUCUGCUCAGCACAUUGUGCCUAAAGAGGAAACGACCUUAUCCAGUAAUAAGGGCUCUGUUCCUGUAGCUUGUGCAGCAUUAGAUGGACGAACCUCUGGACAAGGUUCACCUUUAGGGGCAGAGCAGGUCCCGAGCCCACAGUCUCCUCUCAGCAGCUGCACUUCAGUCCUGGCAAAGAAUGAACCCAAUCCGAAUCAUCGUGUGAAACACAAAUCGGCUGAGCAGAAACGCAGAUCCAACAUCAACAUUGGCUUCAAGACGCUGUGCAGCCUGGUUCCCUCUCUCAAAUCACAAUCCAAUAUCAGCAAUGCUACAACCCUUCAGAAGACGGUGGAUUACAUCGGAAAGCUGCAACAGGAGAGACACCAAAUGCAGGAGGAGACGAGGAGACUGCGGGAGGAAAUCGAGGAGCUCAACGCAUCCAUCAGUUUGUGCCAGGAACAACUUCCAGCCACAGGGGUCCCCAUUACACGCCAUCGAUUUGAUCACAUGAAGGAGAAGUUUGAUGAGUAUGUAAAGAAUAGAACUCUGCAGAACUGGAAGUUUUGGAUAUUUAGCAUCAUCAUUAAGCCUCUGUUUGAGUCCUUCAAUGUGAAAGUGUCAACCACCAACAAGAGCAAGUUGUGUGAGACUACCAUGCAGUGGCUGGACCGAGACUGUGCGCUGCCUGUCCUCAGACCCAUGGUUUUAGGGACACUGAGACAGCUAAGCACCACCACGUCCAUCCUGACUGACCCAACACUCCUUCCAGAAGAAGCUAAGCAGGCCGUUGUUAACUCCAGACAGCACUCCACAAAGUCCUAGCCUCUUACCUGCUUUCAGAUCAUGAUCGAACUUGGAUAUUUCUCACCAAGCCUCAGCAGUUUUGUUCAGACAGAACAUUGGGAUACAUCCUGAACAGUGAUAUUUCUGUGCAGUUAGGUAAAUCUUAAUAAACAACACUAGAGGAGUGUUCUUCCGUGUCAUCCUCAAUACGAGGGAACCUUUUUUUAACAGUGUUAAAAGGGCUGCUAUAGACAUAACCUACGUUUGAUGUAAAGGGAAACAGAAGUAAAGUGCUAACGGUAUAAAAGGUUCAAAAGGGAAUAGACUUAACAGAGUUCACCGGUUGAUACGGAUAUCAUCUUCGGCUUGUAAUCCUAACAGCGAUGUUUUUUAAAUGACUUUCCAAAGUGACUUUAAUACAAGCAGUUUGAGGGUGUCGAGCUCCAUCAGAGGCAGUCUUCCAAUCUGAGGAUCUUGUGAUUGCUGACCUUGCAGUUCAAUCAAAGUGUUUCUUGCACUAUACCCUUACAUGAGUUUGUUCAUUUUAAGCCUUAUAGAGACUCUUUUUAAGCACUAGUAACAAAUGUAAGUUGUUUUUUUGUUUGUUUUGUUUUGUUUUUUAUUUCUGGACAUAAAGCCUUUUCUGUCUUCCCGGCUGUGAGAUUAAUCCUGUGAUUAAGCUCCCUCGUGUCUUAUUCUUAUUUUAGAGCAUCAGUUAUGUAAGGUUUAUUUAGAUUUGCCUGUUCACUAAAGAUAAGCCUUUAUAUAGAACAGGGCUACGAAUAAACUUGCUAACAUAAUAUCUUUUAUUUUUUAUUAUUUUUUUGUAGUCACAAUUCCAAGAAUAUUGGGUUCUGAAAAAAAACAACAACAAAGCUCUGAUGCUGUUUACUGCUGAAUUGAGUGUGUUGGAGUUUUCUGUAUCGUGUAGCAGCAUUGAGUUGCAUUUGCUCCUCAGGUGUUUCCAGAACUAUCUGAACUGUUAAAUAAAAUGUACGCAUGAACAAA